AUGAGUAAUACUGGGAAUGUAUUUGGAAUCAACUUUCUGAAAGAGUUGAUAGAAACGGGUCAUGCAAUUCUUGCCGAAAUAUUUCGCUUAGCUGACUGUAUUCCCGAUGAUUUCAAAAAUCCAGCCCGUAGUCGCUUCAGGCCGUUCAUUGUUGAUUUUUCAUAUUUUGAUGAUCUUUCUGUUAUUGAUCGCUACAUUGAUUCGCAUGAGCAAGGAGCACAACUGGAAGACGAAUAUUUAUUUAUAUUUGAAAGACACAUUAAACGCUUUGGUGCUCUCUUCGAUGCUAUAGCGCACUUUUUUGCUGAUUUAAUUGAAUAUUCAGAAAAUAAUCGAUCCAGUCAUAUCGCCUUCUCAGUGCGUCGAACAGCAGCUUUCCUUGCAUUAUGUCAGCAUGAGGCAGAGGCACUCUUUGUUGCAGGCGUCAUUUUGUUGGCAUUGGAUGAGAAAUAUGCGAAUGAAGUGAGACAAAGAUUGUUUGUUGCACACUACAGAAGCAACCCUUCGAGCAGUGAACGAUUCGAUCUUCUAGUUGAUGUUUUAAAGGCAACUUCGAGUCGAGAAGAGCUUUUCAGAAGAUUACCGUUAAAUGAAACUUUUGUCAGUAAUAUGCUUUUGGUGUUACAUACGGAUGUUUUGUUUCCUGAUGAGAAUGAACUUGUGCCGCAUGAGAUUUCCCGGCGAGGCAUUCGUGCUUCACGUUAUCAGCGAGCAUUUCUUUCUGUUUGUCUUUUUUUUCUUCCUGCAGUGCUACAUUCGGAUCAUGUUGUUAUGCGCCAUAUUGUGGAUACAUUUUUCACUGAGGAAUGGGUGGUGCAUUUGCACAUGGGAAUAGUGAUGAAUAUGCUAGAUGCUUGGGAUCAUCAUAAAGCAGCAAUUAAUGCACUGCAGCAUGCGCUUAGUGCACAAACAGUAAAGAAUUUGACUGCGAGCCAUAUAUCCGCUCUGAAAGCGGCAUCCUUCCCACAUACUGCCAAGUUUUCGGUGGCCGAUGUCAUUAUGUUUGCCGAUUCAAUAGCUAUUUCAAAUAAGCAUCUCGAGUGGGUUAUGUUACAUGCCUAUAAGCUCGAGAAAUGCUCCAAGCGUGCCGGACAGCUUUAUGACAUUGUGAAUAAUCAAAUUGCGUCUUCUUCGCUUGAUUUAUUUAGUAAAUUGCUCGAACUUUCAACUUUUGAAUACGGUUAUAAAGAAAUCGCUCGGUCGCUUCUUGAUAAUAAAGAUAAGGAUGUUCGAAAACUUAAGGAAGAAGUUUGUGAUCACAUCAUACAAAUAGCCGAACUUUUUGCAAACGAAUUACCUUUGCAAAGGAUCAAGAAAAAUGAAAAGUUAAGAUCAUGGCUUUUAUUGCUAAAGAAAACCAUCGAUGAAUUAGAUAUUUUAAACGCAGAUGCGUCUUCCUUGAUCUCAGAAUUGAAAAACCGACUGGAUCAGGUGAGCGAUAUGCAUGAUCUGGGUGGAAUAGUUGCCGUAUCACAAUAUCUGCAAAAUACCCAAGCUUUAUUGACUAUACUUUCGCACUAUUGCCUAUUGGAUGAAGCAUUUUUGAAAAAAAUAGAAGCAGCGACAAAUUUUUCGUAUGGAUGGGCAAUUACUGACCAAUGGACUGAAAAUAUGAAAACUUUGGUAAAAGUCGAUCCACUUCCAAUACGUUCAUUGUUUAUCAAAGUGGCGAGUUCAAUUAAUUUAACAUUGGAACGUUUAAAUACACCGGAGAGAAUAUCCUCCAUAUCAAUGUGUUAUUCGUGCUUGAUUGAAGCAAAAUUGCGCAAAAUUCUUCAGGCUGUUCCACGUUUGCUCUUCGCACUGUUAGAUAAAGUGGCUGAUUUAUUGAACCCUCCGCAAGGAUGUUCUAUCAAUAAAACUGAUGUCCGCCAAUUUGCGGAUUCGGAUCGUCGUUUGCAACUUGCUGCUAUUACACAUGCAAUUUCAAUGCUUUCUUCUGGCAUCUCAACAAUGCAACUGGCAUCACUUGGGUCACUUCGAGUGGAUCCAUCAAAUCUUCUUCUGGAUGGAAUCAGAAAAGAAUUAGUGGGUCGAAUCUGUGCAACGUUACGAUCGCAGUUAACUUCUGAUUUGCUUCUGGACGAUUUUUUAACUAAAUUGAAGAGUCAAUUUGCUCACUUACGUGGAGCUUUUGUUUAUAUGUGUGAGCAUAUUGCAAUUAACGGAGCUGUAAUAUGGCACAACGAAUUAGCUCGUAUAAUCGGUUAUAUGGUCGAGAAAGAAUGUAACGUCUUUCUGCAACAUCCUAUCGCUGAAGAAGAAAGUUUAUAUCAAUCUGGGUCAGCGCCUAUUCCAAAUAUUCUAGCACUUGACGGAUCAUUAACUCCUCUACAUCGCUUAUACAGCCGAAUUUUGAAUGCAUCAGACCCAAAAUCAUCUUAUUUUGUAAAUUCGAUGAGGAUAUGGUGUGAUUUAAAAACUAAGAAAACAGUGUUAUCAAACGAAUCUCUGAAUGCUAUUCAAGAAGCCCUUUCACCAAUGGCUCUGCAUGCGCUGGAUCGGAUUGCAUCGUUUCACAUCGUAAAACAUUUGUAUACAUUAUGUGACCAACUUUCGGAAAUAUUGUGCCCUUCAAUGGCUUCAAUGUUAAAUGACAUUACAUUGGUGAAGGCUGUAGCAGCUGCCGAGAGACUGAAAAUUUUCGAUUAUGCUUUAUCAAAAUUCUUGCCAAAUUCAUCACGAUUUAUUGUUACUAUCAGUAAGAUUGGUCAAUUACAACUAUUGCGGCAGCAAAUAUUAGCUGUCAGUCAGUCAGCGUUACGACAACACUCAUCGAAUAUCUUCAAUGCAGUUGCUACACUUAACGAGGGUGUCGUUGGCGAUAUUCGUGGACACCGCGGUGAAUGCGAUGCGACGUUCCUCAAUGAAUUGUCAGCGCUCUUGGAACGUUGCGCCAUAACAGAUCCAUUCAUGAAAAUAUACAUAAGAAAAGAGAUACCACAACUGCUGAUACCUACAAUGUUUCUUGUACUUUUGACCGCGACAAGCAAGUUCAACGUCCUUAAAAAAACCGAUUCGACGGAUAUCUCAGCAUUUUCUGCCGGUUUCGCAUGUAUAUUAUUACAGUUUAAUGUUUUGCAAGAAUUUUUCGAACUCAGCAAUAUUUACACAUCAGCGAUUUUACUUACAACACGGGAAAGUGCGAAACAACCAACUUUUGCGCACACUCUUCGUUUCAUAGCUCAUUAUUCUUCUAUACCGUCAAAUGAAGUGGAAGAAUAUCUUUUGCUUUCAUUAUCAGAAAAACUCUGA